UAUGCCGGUCGGUUUGAGUUGGUAUAACAUUUCGUGUGCUACGCCGACGUGCACCCGCGGACUGUAUACGUCAUCGUAUAAUUCAAUAUAAUAUUUUACGAUAGUCGAAAAGCCUCGCCGGGAUGACACAACCGAUGAGCGACGAGGACUGGAGGGUGUUCGACAUCCUUUGCGGCCAAAAAAUGGAUUCUGAAGACACUAUAAGUAAUCACGAGAUGAUAUCCACUCUGAAAAGCGAGCUGGCUGCUUUGCAGUUCAAAAGAGAUCGUCUUAUAUCCGAGCUGCAAGAUACCAAAGGGCAGCUUCGGACUAGAGAUCAAAGAACGGUAGAGCUCGAGGCCGAAACGGAAAUGUUGAAAGAGCAGCAAGUUAGACAGAACUCUAUCAUCGCCAGUUUGAGAAAUAGGAUAAAGGAAUUGGAGGAACAAGAAAGAUCGUUGACAACGUCAUUGGGAAGAGCAGACAUGUCAUCCGAAUCUUUAGCUAGAGAAAAUCGCCAUCAGGCAGAGAAAUGUUCCGAGUUGGAGCGGAGAAUCGAUUUAUUGGAAUUGAACUGUACUAAAGCCGAAAACGCGAGAGACUCGGCAAGGAGAUCAAUGUCAGAGUUCGUGAGUAGAGCUUCGAUGGCGUUAGGUUACGAGUCUUUGAAUUCAGAUUCCCCAGCCGCCGUCGAUGUGGUCUUAUCCAAAGCAUCGGAAAUGCAUCAGGAAUUAAACAGACUGCGUCGUAAAAACAUUUCCGCUAGUGAAAAUGUAACCUCGAUAGAAAUAGAAUUGAGGAACUGUAGAGAACAACUAGAAAGGGCCUUGGCUGAUAAAGAAAAUCUUCAAAGACAGGCUGCCGGCCAUAUUCUUGAAAUAGAUAAGUUGAAACAAGAAAAAGAACAUUUGGAAAUGCAACAGAGAGUAAUGGAACGUGAUUUAUCCGAGCUCAGGGAUAAACUGAUGGCAACCAACAGGAGUUUAGGUAUCGCGUCUAACAGCAUAGCCAGUCAGGAGGCCACUAUAUCCACUCUCAGAAACGAUCUAAGAGGGCACGACGAGAGGUGUCAAAAAAUGCAGAUUGACAUGCAACACUUUUUGGAGUCAUUGGCCGUGUGUCUAACGUCGGCGGAUGGGUACGUUCAGUCCACCGAGAGUGGUGUCAAAGACGCGGUGAAGAGGCUAGUCAACGAGUUGGCCAAUAAGAGCACACUGCACGGGGAAUCCAAGGACAGGAUAAUCAGUUUGACCGACCGGGUCGAACGGCUGCAGAUCGACCAGGACAGAUUGGCGUCGGAAAAUCGAGUGUUGGCGGAUGAAAGACGCAAUUUAGAGACUCGAUUGAACCACGCCGAGAGCGAACUCAAUGUGUGUGAAAUGACCAAAGAACAUUUACGUAAUGACAAAACAAUUUUCGUUACAUUCCUCGACAAACUAUCGAGAGUCAUGCACAUGGACCAGAUAGCGAAAGACGUUGGGGUGGACUUACACACGGAAUCGUUGCUGCUACGCGCCGAACAGCUUGCCAAACUGGAAUACGAUAAAAACAUUGACAAGUUACUGCUCGGUUAUCCUUAUACGUCGUCGUCGUUAUCCAGACAUCGUUUAUAUUGCGAUUAUCCUUACAGAGAAAGCGCCCUAGUUUAUCAACUGCAACGACGCGUACGUACGCUAAGGGACCAACUACAAAGACGCGAUCUCCAUCUCGAUUUGUUACGUCGAAAAAUCAGUGUCCAGGAUGAGAGUACAAAAUUACGCACACUUUUGGAAACAGAAAGAGAUGAAGCUAAUAUACGGGCUAAAAAGUUGCAAAAACAAUUGGACAAGGCACAGUUACAGUUGACCGAAUGUAGAGCGCAGAUCCGAGACUUGAAACUACAAAUAUCCGAUGCUGGAGAUUGUAAGUUGACUUCGUUGGAAAGAGCGAAGAAAAUUGACGAUCUCGAGAAGCGUCUCGUCGAAUCAGAAAUGUUGCGGAUGCGUUUUUCCCGGAAAGUUACUGUGCUCAAAGAACAAUUGAAAUCUACUUCCGAUUGUCAUAACCAAGACAAGACUCUGAACGAGCACACGAUGCGAGUGCUACAGGACGACCUGUCGUCGGUUAAAUUCCAAUUGAGUGAAGUGAAACGCCGAGAGUGUUCUCUUGAAGAUCUCCGACGGACGGUUAUCAGCCUACUGGCGCUGGACUCGUCGUGCACCGAUUACGAGAUCACGUCGAAAAUAACCAAACUGGUGGCCGCCCACAGAGAGUUUUCCAUCCUGUCAAAGAGGUACGACGACCCACUGCCGCCUUACGUUCACCACCUGCCACCGCCCUCCGAGUCAUCGGACCCGACGACGAUGGACGACUUUGAGAUCCUGAACAACGCGUACAACAAACGUCCGCUGAGGAAGACCUGAACGACGAAGACUGCUGACCCGUUUCGAAAAUGCGAAGAUUUUACCUCGCAGUCUAUACCUACCCAACCUGUGCAUAUAUAUAUAUAUAUAUAUAUAAUAGUAUAUAAGUACUCGUAUACAGUGAAAUACGCGAAUAAUUGUAAAAUCAUACACCCCCGCAUAGGCCUACCUACGUUCCGCCGUAAUCGAGUACCACUGUUAUUGUUAUAGGUAUACCUACUGUAUAACGAAUAAUAUUAUAUUGUAUACAGAAUCCGUUAUAGUAUGUACAUUGUAGUGUGUAAAAAAUAUUUGAUUUAAACAAAGAAAAAUAUUAAACCUAUAAGUCAUAUCGAUAUUUUUUACGUCAACUAUGAAAUUAUAGAAUAGGCUGCUUUGUUUUUAAAAAUUGCAGAUCCGUGCUAAAACCCUUCGGUGUUUUGAGUUUUCCACCGUUCUAGAUUAUACUCUCUUUGACACUGUGCGUUAUAUUUUUGAUCUAUCGCCGAGAAUAGGAUUAAUUAUAAUUUAUACAUAUUUAAUUCAUAUACUAGCGCCGCUUUUAUCUGCAACAGUUUUACACACGUAUCUGUGUGAUUUUUUUCGAAACGUAUUUUUGUUUAAUGUAAUACCGCAUGCAUUGUGCGAAUAUAAAAAUAUUUAAUAUCUAUAUAUUGUCUACUAUGUAAAUAGCGCUUAUAAUAUUUAAAUUUUAAAUAAAUGCGUUACUUUAAUUUUGAAUUCCUGUCAUCGAUAUUACAGUGCAUUUUCAGUGUACCUAUGUUUUGAUUUGUGUUAGACUAUAGCAAAGGUGAAUUUCACGAGAUGUCUAUACAAUAUGACUAGGUGCAUGUAAAUAUAAAAUUUUCAAUUCAAAUUUACCACAUGAGAUGCUCGGGGUUUCUACCAGUGUACCACAUUGGUACGAAGCAUGAUCAAGUGUAGUUUCUAAACAAUUUAAAUGGGCGUUUGAAAACGUUAAAGAUUUAUUACAAAACGUAAUUUACAAUUGAUAUGUAAUAUAUUUUAUCGUCUUUAUUGUGUCAUACAGUAAUAUAGGUACUAUGAUAUACAAAAACUAAAAGUUUAAUCCCUAAAUCAUUAAUUUAAUAUUUAAAAGUUUAAUGCAUAUCGUUAAAACCAUGUGUUCAUAAUCCAUAUAGUUUAUGCUAUAAAUUAUAAUAUAUAUAACUAACAAAUUGUUAAAAUAUAUGUACAUUGGUAUUAACUGUAUGUCUGUAUAUGUUUUGUAAUGUAAGUUACAUUGUUAUAACUUAUUAUACUAUUAUUAUUCUAAAUAUAUUUUUGCAACUAAAAUUUAUAACU